AUGUGCCAUUGCAAUGUCAUAAACACUGAUGGUGAGAGAGAAGUCACGCCUAUUCCUAGCAAUCAGGACACUGAAUUUGAAUCUUCAGCAUGUCUAGAAGAGUAUGAUGCAAUAGGCAAAGUUCCACACCAAAUGAAGCUUCAUAAGAUAAACGAUUCGGUGAAGUUUGUCUUCCCCUUCAUAAUUGAAGGUAUGGAAUUUUCUGACUCUCUAUGUGACACAGGAGCAAAUCUGAAUGUCAUGUCUAAAGCAAUUGCAAACGAGCUGGGGAUGUGUGAUAUCAAACCUCCUCACGGUUCUGUUAAGUUUGGAGACAAUUCAAGCAUGAUUCCGUAUGGUUUCAUAACGGAUUUGAUGGUGCAAGUAGGAGGGUGUCUUAUCCCUGUUUAUUUUUACAUUCUUGAGAUGGAAAAUGACUCUCCCAGAGCGUUAAUAUUUGGAAGUUCAUUCCUUGCAACAGUGGGGGCAGUUGUUGAUUAUCCCAACCGAAGAGUUUGUUUUUCUAAAGUCAAAAGGAGAAUCUUCUAUCCCGCAGUCUGUAGUGGUGGAAGCUCUUACUGUAUAACCAUCUACAAGGAAUAG